AUCGAUCGUCUUCCCACGCAUCGGUCCAUGUCAUGGAAGCUUCCGUGUUCUGCAUCCCCGACCUCGUGCCUGACACAGAGGGGACCGUGUGCAUAUAAGCACCGGGCCGCAUCCACGUCCUCGUCCCCCAGUCUCCUCGCGACAUCCCGGCGGCCGCUCCCACACAUGUAUGGAAUGAUCACGUACUAGCAGCAACCGCCAGGACUGCUCGGGACCCCCGCCAUCGCCUAACCUGCUGUUGGUCGACGGCCUUCCCGUGGGUAAAGACAGACCGCUGCUGCACCGCCAUGACGGCAUCGUCAUCCGACGAGGGUCCGGCCGCCCUCAACGACUUCCUUCGGCCCUUCCACGUCGAUGUCGACACGUGCCACGCCCUUUCUCAGCGCUUCGCCGACAACUUUGCCUACCUCGCCGCAGAGUCGCAGGACCAGUUCCUUCCCACGCCCAUCUCUCAAUCCAUCCUGCGGCCCAUCGCAGACCAUGGCCAAGGACGACAUCUCGCAAUAGACAUCGGCGGCACCAACUUGAGGGUAGGCUUUGUUGAGCUACUCGCGGCUAAGCAAUCCCAGGAGGAAGCCAAUGGGGUCAGCGUCAACGGAAACAGCAAUGGCCACUCCAGCGGCCAGACAAACGGCCACUCCAACGGUCAUCAGCAGCAAGAACGCGCGCCAUCCGGUCGUAUACGGCGUCAUCUGGAGAAGUCGUGGUCCAUCUCAAAUCACCUCAAGAACGACAAUGCCGACAGCUUGUUCCUCUGGAUUGGUAAGUGCAUUGCCGAGGUCGUAGCCCAAGGACGCCAGGCAUUCAACAUUCCCAGCGAUGAGCCGUUACCGCUCGGCGUGACCUUUAGUUUUCCAACCGACCAGCACUCUCUGUCGGAAGCGACCAUAACCUCCAUGGGUAAGGGCUUUGCCAUACCGCCCGACGUCGAGCUCGGCGCGAGGCUUCAGCACGGCUAUGACAAGUUCAAGACCGAGGACCUGCCGCCAAUACGCGUUGCCGCCAUCGCCAAUGACUCCGUGUCCACGCUGGUCUCCUUCAUCUUCAACUUUGACGGCGCAGCGCACCGUCGAGCCACCAUGGGCCUGAUCCUCGGCACCGGUAGCAAUGCAACGGUUCCGCUGAGGUUGAACAGCCUCCACCCAACUAAGCAACAGCAAAAGGUGAGCGUGUUGCCCGGGGAGAAGGCCGAGGACGUCAAGAUCGCCGUCAACACGGAGUGGAGUAUCAACGGCACGGCGGCCCCCAUGCGGGAGAUGGGGUUGAUAACUCGAUGGGAUGAUGCGCUCAGCGCCCAGAACGAGAGGCCGGGGUUCCAACCGCUCGAAUACAUGACGGCGGGAAGGUAUCUGGGCGAAUUGGGGCGGAUGAUGAUGCUGAGUUACCUGACGGAGACGCUUGGACUGCCUGCCGAGACGCUCCCGUCGAUGCUUCUCGAGCGACACAGCCUGACGACAACGUUCCUCAGUCAUUUCAAGCCCUUAGAGCCUGCCGUCCUCGUGGCCAAGCUCAAGGCGGAGUUCCUGGAGCCGACGGGUUUUGCCUGGACCGAAAGAUUUGCUGAAGCCUUGUACCACAUUGCAAAGGCCAUCGAACUGCGGGCUGCAGGCAUCAUAGCCGCUGCUGUCAUCGCCCUUCUUACAGUGGCGGAGGAGCUUCCUGCUCACGGGUCUGCCAUGCAGGACCCGAGCGUUACUGAACUGGGUGUCGGUUACACGGGCGGCUGUAUCGUCCACUUCCAAGACUACCUGGCGGACUGCCAGCAGUUUGUGGACGCCCUGAUGAGGAAAAGAUUUGGAGACAAGACGCCUCUGCGGGUGGCGCUGAGCCCGUGCCAUGACGGAGGGAUAACAGGAGCGGGUAUCCUGGUGGCCGCAGCCAUGUCGAGUAAAAAGCUGGAGACAUGAGGCUGAGGCUGAAGCCGAGGAGCGGGAGACGUGCAGGCAACGUCAAUGCAGCGGGUGUCACGGGGCGGGAGUUGCUCGCCUGUCGUCCAACCUCGGACGUAGAGCGGAGGCGGGGUCAUAUCCAAGGGGGGACGAAACGUGCUGGGUGAAUCGAUAAGACCACCGAAGUUCAGUAGAUGGGGACCCGAGGGGCCGGGCCUGAUAUCAUGUAGAGCCGCCUUGUUUUGCAGGAUAACGAACCUAUGGCGCAGAUGGCGACAUCCAAUGCGGCUUUUUGGUCUCUGAUCGGAGGCGCCCGAUCCUUUUAAGCACACGGCUCUUGAGUAUUGGACGGUCAAUGUGCCUUGGUCGACCAAUGCGUUGCCUUUCUUGUAAGCGGAUACCGGCAUGAGGAAGGCGACUCUCACCGCUGGGAAAUGUAGCAUGUAGGACCUCGGAGUGACCCAAGGGUCCCCGCCGAGAAUAACAGAG